UUUACCACAAAUGGCUCGAUCUACCUGUCCUCUGUUCUGACCUUCAUUGGGAUCCCUGGCCUGGAGUCAGUGCAGUGCUGGAUUGGGAUUCCAUUCUGCGUCAUGUACCUCAUUGCUUUGCUGGGAAAUUCUCUACUUUUGACUAUCAUUAAAUCUGAACCUAGCCUCCAUGAGCCCAUGUAUAUCUUCCUGGCCAUGUUGGAGACCACAGACAUUGUCCAUAGCACCAGUAUUGUCCCCAAGAUGCUUGGGGUUUUUUGGUUCCACUUGCCAGAGGUCUAUUUUGAUGUUUGCCUUUUUCAGAUGUGGCUCAUCCACACAUUUCAGGGUAUUGAAUCAGGAGUCCUACUGGCCAUGACUCUGGACCAUUACGUAGCAAUUUGCUACCCUCUGAGGCAUGCGACCAUAUUCACUCGACAGCUAGUCACUUAUAUUGGGACUGGGGUGACACUGCGGCCUGCCAUUCUGGUAAUCCCAUGCCUGCUGCAAAAGUGUCAUCUCAAACUCUUCCGAACCAAGCUGAUAUCCCACACUUACUGUGAACACAUGGCGAUUGUGAAGCUUGCCACUGAAGAUGUUUACAUCAGUAAGUUCUAUGGUCUCCUUGGAGCAUUUACUGUUGGUGGCUUUGACUUCAUUUUGAUCGCCCUCACCUAUACAAAGAUCUUCAUCACAGUCUUCCACCUGCCCCAGAAAGAGGCACGCCUGAAGGCUUUUAAUACAUGUAUUACCCACAUAUGUGUCUUCUUCCAGUUCUGUCUCCUUGCUUUUUUUUCCUUCUUUAUUCACAGAUCGGGAUCUUAUAUCCCAUCAUAUACACAUAUUACUUUGUCCAAUCUUUACCUUCUGGCUCUACCAUUCCUCAACCCCUUUGUCUAUGGCAUGAAGACAAAACUCAUCUGAGAUAAAGUGGUAAAAAUGUUCUGUUUCAAAGACCAGGCUUGA